GAACGUCUGCAGAAACUAUGGAUCCUCGCCUCAGUGCCCAGGAUGUGAUCAGAUGUGACCUUUGUGAGACAGCUAUAGUACAGAUGUACUGUGAUUUCUGUCAUGUCAACCUUUGUAAACCCUGUAUUGGAGAACACAUUGCAGAUGAAUAUGAUAAACAUAAAAUUGUCCCAUUCCAACAAAGAAAAUCAACCUUGAUUUAUCCAAAGUGUGCAACACAUCCAACCAAAACUUGCGAAUUAAAAUGCAAGGAAUGUGGCAUUCCUGUUUGUUCCUUAUGCUCUGCAUCACAACAGCAUAAAGGACACGAUUUCUUAAUUACCGCUGAAAUAUUCAACUCAAAGAAAAAUGAUAUCGCAAAAGAGACAGCGGAAUUGGAAAACAUAAUUUCUCAAACAUACGAAGAAAUGACAAAUGAUCUGGACAAAUGGCUAACUUCAAUGGGGAGUGUUGAGAAACUUACAACAGCAGUGACAGAAAAUGGAAAGCAAUGGCACAGAGAAAUUGACAAUGUCAUCAAUGCCAUGAAAAAAGAAAUUGAUGGUUUAAAAGAAAAACACAUUGACAUUCUCAAGAAACAUGCAGAAGAAAUAAAACAAACACAGUCUCUUAUUGAACAAACUCUGCUCAACCUGAAGGAAAUUGAAGAAUCAAAUGAAAUGUCAUAUGACAUAGAAUACAGCUCCAGGAACAAAGAAUUCAGUUAACUUCCUCCUAAAGCACAGUAUAACUCAAUGUUUAAUCCCAAACCAGUAGAUAGAGAUCAACUUUACAAGUUGUUUGGAUCACUUGCAUCACUAUCUACCACAACAGAAGAAAAUGGAUACCAACUUAAGAAAUUAGAAAAGUCAAGCAGAAUAUUGCUGGAAGAACCAGAACUUAUCAUUUCUAUAGAUACUGGGUAUGAAAACCUCCGCUCUGUUGCCUGUCUAAGUGAAGAAGAAGUCUGGACAAGUAGGCAUAGCGUCAGUGAUAUGAAAUGCUUUGACAUUCAAGGUUCACUUAUCAAGACAAUCAAAACAAAAUCAGGGGAAUGGCCAGGUGAUAUAGUAUUGACAGGUGAUGGGGAUCUAGUGUACUCUGAUGGGAAAACAAGGACUGUGAAUACAGUGAAGAAAGGACAGACAGAGGAGAUGAUCAGACUACAGGGCUGGAGACCUAAAAAUCUCUGUGUCACCUCCUCUGGUGAUCUCCUGGUUACCAUGUACAGUGAUGAUCAAACACAAUCCAAAGUUGUCCGUUACUCAGGCUCCACAAAGAAACAAACAAUCCAGUUUGAUGAGGAGGGUAAACCGCUGUAUUCAGGAAAUGACAAGCUUAAAUACAUCACUGAGAACAGAAACCAGGAUAUCUGUGUGGCUGACUGUGAAGCUGGUGCUGUAGUGGUUGUAAAUAAAGCAGGAAAACUCCGAUUUAGAUACACUGGUCAUCGUUCUGCAACUAAGAACAAACCAUUUGAACCUUAUGGCAUCACAGCAGACAGCCAGAGUCAGACCCUGACAGCAGACAGUGAUAACCACUGUAUCCACAUCCUAGACCAGGACGGACAGUUCCUCCGUUAUAUAGAUAACUGUGAUUUGAAGGAUCCAUUUCGUUUAUGUGUGAAUAAAGAUAAUUUGUUUAUUGCUGAGUGGGGAGGAAAAGUUAAGAAAAUUAAAUAUCUGGAAUAUACAUCCAUACUGUAGAAGCACAAAUUUUCGUGGGGAUAAAAUUUCGUUGAUUUGUCAUCAAAAAUAGUUUCGUUGGCAUUUAAUUUCGUUGUUUUGAGAGUAAGCCUAUCCAAUAUAUAGUCAUAUAAAAUCUUGUGUGGGAUUUAAUUUCGUUGAUAAUUGUUCACAACGAAAUAAACGAAAUUUAAUCCCCCAUGAAUAUUUGUGCUUUUACA